AUGAAUCCUCUGUUGUUCACUUCAGCAUUUCUGAAGUCGCAAGUCCCAGGUGCUUCGUCCCUUCAUCAACGGCACCUUCCACCAUCCUCAUGCUCCUACGAGCGACACUGUAGAUAUGUUGGGAAUCGAAUAUUUCUAUCAAACGAAGAUGCAGAACUGUGUACUGAAGGGCAAGAGACAGUAGAGCAGAUACAACAACGACUGGCACAGCUUGGAAUGUCAUGGAAACAGGAGAUUGACUUUCACAAUGAAGAGUUUCGUAGCAUUGACAAGAAAGACUCCAAAGUUCCAGGAUGUGUCGCUACAGUCCAUGUUUGGGCAAUUGGAGAUGAUGAUUCCGGUUUGGUAUCAGUCCGAGGCAAUUCCGACGCGAUUGUUAGUAAAGGAUUGUUGAAUCUGUUGAGCCAACAUCUUUCGACCAAGACUGUCGAACAAGUCUUGGCAUUGGAUCCCAGUACCAUUACAGAUCAAUUGGGAGUCAGAGAGGCCUUGUCACAGGGACGCAAUGACGGAAUUGCCAAUAUGCUACAGGUCAUUCAGAAACAGUUGUCGUCGUCACCAGAGUCGUCGUUGCUCGAAGAAACAGCUGACGCUGCACCAUCUACCAACCAUCAGAAGACGACAGUGAAUGGCCAAGCCAAAAGGGUGGCCUUAUUAUUGUCUGGUGGCGUGGACUCUUCAGUAGCCUUGCACCUAUUGCUACAGCAAGGCUAUUCUGUGACUCCCUUUUACCUCAAGAUUUGGUUGGAGGACGAAUUGGCCCAUUUGGGUGAAUGCCCCUGGGAAGAUGAUGUGGAUAACUGUCAACAAGUGUGUGAUCAUGCAGGGGUCGAGUUGGAAAUUAUUUCCUUGCAAGAUCAAUAUCACGAACGAGUCAUGCAACACACGUUGAACGAAGCUGCUCAGGGACGGACUCCGAAUCCUGAUAUUCUCUGCAAUUCGAGAGUCAAGUUUGGGUGUUUCUUGGACUAUCUGGCAGACGAACGAACGGGGGAAUUUGACUUUAUUGCCAGUGGUCACUAUGCACAGGUGCAAAGGACGAAGGAGGCUUCCCCUUUGAAUCAAGCUGACGGUGACGAGGAAGAUUCCGAAACAGUCCGCUUGCGUCGUGCUCCCGAUCCGGUCAAGGAUCAGUCCUACUUUUUGUGUGCCUUGCAACAGUUUCAACUCCAAAAGCUUCUAUUUCCGAUUGGGCACUUGGAAAAGUGGCAAGUCCGAGAACUCGCAGAAGAAUUCCAAUUGCCCAAUCGUCACCGACCUGAUUCUCAAGGCUUGUGCUUCUUGGGAAAGGUCAAAUUCAGUGAUUUUCUCAAUAUUCACCUUGGGGAAAAGGAAGGAGAUAUCAUUGAUGCCUUUUCAGGCGAAGCAAUUGGUCGCCACAAAGGUGUGUGGUACCAUACCGUGGGACAACGGAAAGGAAUUGGUAGGUCCUUGUUUCCAUUGGCAACAGCAAAAGGCCCAUGGUAUGUUGUUGCCAAGGACCCAAAGAAGAACGUUGUUUACGCUAGCAAUCAAUAUGAUGAAGAGAUCUUUACACAGUCACGGUCCGAGUUUCACGUCGAGAACAUCCACUGGAUUGCGGGAGAACCACCAAGCAAUGAUGGAGAUGGAAUGACAUUUCAGUUCGACAUGAAGAUUCGUCACGGACCAAGGCUUGUAGUUGGGAGCCUAGAGCUAUUGGAAGAUAAUGACGGCAUCAUCAAGUUGGCCCAAAAGGAUGGCGGGCUAGCCCCUGGACAGUAUGUUGUUUUUUAUCACUCAGACGAUGCCAACUGUUUAGGAGGGGGGAUCAUCAGCGAAAGACACUGGGCCAAGUUUCUGUUGGAUGCAAAAGAACGAAGAACAAGCGACGUCGAUCCCUUUUCUAAGUCCAACAUCAGUCGACCGUUAAAGGAAUUAAGUGCUCGUGGGAUGCAUUUCUAUAGUAGGAAAACACCACAAAGCAUUUUAUGA